AUGCCUCAUCAUAAAAGUGUAUCUCAACCUACCGAAGCGGCAGCAGAAGAGUCGAGAGAUGUACUCGUCUAUGACUGCACCAACCUCAAUGAAAAGACCGUCAAAGUGAUGAAAGAAAGCGACGUCUAUACAGAAUCCAUCGUCACGACUAAGAAUAUCGAGAAGAAUGACAGGAGCAAUAUCCUGCUAACAAAUCUUUAUCUUGAUAAAUUGAGCGAUCAAGAUCGAAAGCAGCGAGAAUCAGGGGCGCUCUCGAUAAUUUACGUGGUAGACACUCCUAUGAGUGAAGAGCAAUCGAGGACAUAG